AUGGAAACCAUGGAACAACGAUAUAUUUCCAACAACAUGCGGGUCCAAUUCCUGGCCUCGUCUCCCCUGGAGAACAUGAAAGCCUCACUUGAGCAAGUUCUCAAAAACACACCCCCAAAGAAAUCAUACUCGAAUCGAGAGUUAGGGGGUCUGUUCAGCGGCUAUACCGGCCUGGCCUACCUCUUCCUCCGGCUCUCAGCCGGCCACCCCGACCUGACUGUGAUGGGGCACAACCUCCGAUUUUGGGCCGAACGCUACCUCGAUGGGGACCGUGGAAGCCUCGUCCUGGAGAGUGGAAAUUGCGGUCUGGCUUCCGAGAGACUCUCGUUCCUGGCCGUCCUCUGCUGCUUGACAAAGGACUUGGGCCACCUGAAGCGGUUCCUGGGCGACGUGCCGCUCCUGCUAGGGCCGUAUCCACCUUCGCAGGGUGACCCAUUCCCGUCUGAAAUGAUCUAUGGGCGAGCUGGCACUUUGUACCUCAUCCGUAUGAUCAAACAAUGGGUUCCCGAGUUUGCUCCGUGCCUUGAGUCCCCUACCCUGCGCAUAGCUGAAGUCAUCAUGCGCACCGACGACGACGGUCAGGGCAACUGGGAGUGGCAUGGCAAGCGGUACUAUGGAGCGGCCCAUGGCGAGAUCGGAAUAAUAACGCAGUUGGUGCUCUCUGUGCCAUCCCUGGCGGUCGAACUGGCGCCGCGAUUGGAGGAUCUCCUCAGCCUUCAGCUGCAAGAUGGAAACUGGCCGUCAAGCGAGAAGAAGCGGAGGGAGGGUAAGCCGGCAAAGCUCCUCCAGUGGUGCCACGGUGCCCCUGGGUUCAUUUAUUCCCUCGAGGCCUUGAGGCCUUACUUCCCACGCCAUCAGGAUGACAUUGACUUCGCCAUCGAGAAGGCACGAGAGCUUAUCUGGCGGCACGGGAUACUGGUCAAGGAGCCGAGCUUGUGCCAUGGUCUGUUCGGCAACGCGUUGUAA